UAUAAGUUAUGCUUCCAACCAGCAGUUUUGGUUUUUGACUAGCGUACCUCGUGCGUUUCACUAAACUAAGGAUUAAAACAUUCAAUAAGUCGUAUAUGGUGAUUUACUUUAUUACAGCCAUCAAACAACAAGUUUAUCAAAAAUGAAAUUAGUGAGGUUUUUGAUGAAACUGAGCCACGAAACAGUCAUUAUUGAAUUAAAAAAUGGUACUCAGGUUCAUGGAACAAUAACAGGAGUUGAUGUUGCUAUGAACACUCAUUUAAAAGCUGUGAAAAUGACAGUUAAAAACAGAGACCCUGUUCAGCUUGAAACUUUGAGUAUUAGAGGAAACAACAUCCGGUACUACAUUUUACCUGAUUCACUUCCUCUUGAAACCUUACUAUUGGAUGAUUCUCCGAAAGCCAAGGCCAAGAAGAAGGAUGCUAGCGGUAGAGCUCGUGGAAGAGGCCGUGGACGCGGAGCUGUCAGAGGAGGACGUGGACGAGGACGUGGACGUGGUGCUACUGGUCCUCGACGCUGAAAUUUGUAAUUUCCAACGAUUUUCCAUUUUUUUUUUCGUUCUUUUCAGCAAAUGUGGAAUCAGUUUUCAUUUGCAUUACAAAUUGUCAUUGUCUUA